AUGCCAAGUAUAAUAUCUGCCUUUACACUAAAUCAUUUACGAUUAUUGUACAAUCUUUCCGUCUUAUCGAUGAAGAUUUGUAUAACUAUCAUAAUGAGAGCCAUUAAGCAGAUCAUACCCGCUCGUUCGAAGAAUUUAUUAGGAGAAACAGUGUUGAUUACUGGCGCUGGACAUGGAAUUGGCCGCGAAUUGGCCAUUCAGUUAGGUUCUUUGGGUUGCAUAAUCGUUUGUUGGGACAUAAACGUCGAGACGAAUCGUUCAACGAUGAAAGCGGUGUCCGAGAACGGAGGAGAAGUGUACGGGUUUGCUGUGGAUGUAUCAAACAGGCUACAGGUUCAAGAAACCGUGAAAUUGAUGAGGAAACUAGAGAUACCGGAAGUCACCAUUUUAAUUAAUAACGCUGCGGUGUUGUAUCAUAGACCGUUUCUGCAUCAGGAUCAAGAUCUCAUCGAAAAAACGUUCAACGUUAACGUUCUUUCUCACUUCUGGACGAUCAAAGCUUUACUUCCGAGCAUGAUAGAAAAUCAAAAAGGGCACAUAGUGUGCUUGUGUAGUAUGUGCGGUAUGUACGGCGUAUCCGAGAAAGUGGCGUAUUGCUCUUCGAAAUUUGCCUUAAGAGGAUUAAUGGAAGCGCUUCAUGAAGAAUUGCGGCUGAAUCCGAGAACAGCCAACAUACGAUUUACAACCGUUUAUCCGUUUUACGUGAACACCGGAUUAGCUAGAGAUCCGAAAUACAGGUUGCCUUACAUAUUCGGCGUGGUGUCUGCGGAGUACGCAGCGCAAGAAGUGAUUAAAGCGGUAAGAAGAAAUUACACCGAAUACACGAUACCACGGUGCCUUCUCGCGCUGAACUCUGUCAAUAGAGCACUGCCGGACACGGCGAUGAGGCUUAUCCUCGACUUCCUGUCGAACGCCGAACGGAAACGAAGAGAAAACUUGGUGACUGACAGGAAUACAGCGUCGAAAUGA